AUGCCCACCCUCUCUGUUGGGUUUUGGGACGCCUUCGCGAGUGGCUCUAUGUGGCCAGGGCCUGUCCUAGCAGUGGUUUCCUUCUCUGCUGUUGGUAAAGACCACAUACUAGUCCUCGCUGCUGACGGAAGUGUCGCUGCUAGUGAUGCUGAAGAAGAUGCUGGGAGACGGGCGAAUGGCGUUGCAGGCGUAACAACCGGGAAGACAUACGCGCAGCCAACAUUAACCGCGGGAAAAGAGCAGCCUGUAGGCUUGCAGUAUCAAUACGGCCGCUUGCUGAUGAGAGAAGACGCAGUCCCGUGCAGGCCUGAGCUGCUGGUGAACAGAUUUAUCGCAUUAACAGUUUAUUCGAAGUGCCGCGUCAAGGGUCGGCUCACGCCUGUGGUGGCGGAUGUGGAAUUACUGCCCGGUCGAUGGAACAGACAGGGUGGUUUGCUUGUCGUGCAUUCACUCUACACCGCCGAAGCAGACGGCAAGGAAACUCUGAAUGCAAAACGCACGAUAACUUCUACAAAUGACCCAACAGAUACAGAACUGCGAGCAGCAUCAGGGAGUAAACGCGUGAAAUUGAGGGGCGAGAGUGGAGAACAACAGAAGGAACCAAAUUCUUCAACUGUCUAUGCCCGUAGUCGCAAUGGCCCCGUGGCAAAGGUGCAACGAGGCGUACGUACAACAAUCCGUGACCUGCACCUAUACUCUCAUCACUGGGAGCUGCUAGCCCGUAUAUCUUACAAGAGUGAGGUUAAGGGUUUCGCAAAUGCCAAGGGGGAAAGCAGUCUCUUCACAGUGCACCUCAUAGACGCACAGGCCACGGAAAUCCGAGCGACGUUUUUUGGCCGUGCUGCGGUGACGUGGUACCCACGACUGCACACGGGCCGCGUCUACACCUUUAGCAGAGGAUCUCUGCAGCGGGCCAGCAGAUCGCAUACUUCUCUAACCCAUGAAGUACAAAUCAAAUUUGAUUCCUCUGCGGCGAUAGAAGAAGCAGAUGACGAUCUUUCUAUUCCAUUUCAAAAAUUUGACCGAGUUCUACUCGCAGACCUGUCGAAUCAACCUGCAGGAACCGUCGUCGACGUACUUGUCUUUGUUGUAGAGGCAAAGGAGCCCCAAACUAUCCUUUCGAGGGUAAAGAACCAAGAACUCGUCAGACGGGACUUGACCCUAGUGGACUCAUCUGGAGUUUUCGUAUCCCUUUCGCUUUUCGGUCCGCAAGCCUUGCAGCUCUCACAGGUCGCCCUGACCAACACACCGCUAGCAGCAAUCAAGGGAGCGAAGGUGAGCGAAUAUGCGGGGCAGUGUUGCCUGGCGUCGUCUUCACAGAUGAAUAUGACUUGGUUUCCCACGCAGCCGGCUGAAGUGGGCGAAGAGUUUGCAGACGGAGAGCUCGCAGCUGCCUCGGGGGUCCAAAGAGAGGCACUGAAAGGAGAACGGCAGUGGUGGCGCACAAGUGGGAAGAUUGCUGCUUUGCACCACCUUAGUAAAUGCAGUAAAGCCCUUGGCCCGCAGCCACCUGGCUCUGGACAGACUCUUCUGGAAAUUGAAAAUGCUGCAAAAGAGUUAGAAACGGAAGAUUUGGGGACCUCAAAAACGUUCACCACUGCUUGCCCUGAGUGCAAACGAAAGGUUCAAAAGGAGCUACCUACCGCUACCGUCGCAGCGGCCUACAAGUGCACCAACUGUCGCAAGGCAGUCAUACCCCAGCCUCGGUGGAUGCUAAGUCUGAAAUUGAUUGAUGCCUUUGGUACUCUCAACUGCGUAGCUCUGGGAGACCAAGGACAGGAUAUCAUGAAUGUAGCCGACGUGACAGCCGAAGGGUUGUGCAAGCUCGAGGCAGGUGGCCAAGACACGCGAGGCCGAAAGUUCGCCGACAUACUGCGCCAGCUGGCAUUUUCUGUGGGUUAUUCAGGAUUGAAGGGGGGGCUAAGCUGUAAAGCGGCGUAA